AUGGCAAAGCGCAAGUCAUACGGUGGUGAAGGCGGUCAUUCGGGGAAGAAGCAAAAGACUGCUCACGUACAUGACCCGCCAACCUCGGAAGAGAUCUAUAAUGGAAGACAACUUCGUCAACUACUAGCUUUCGAGCAAGAUCUUCGACAAGCUCGGCAUGGCCUCCAGUCGUUUAAGAACCUCCUCGAUAGCAUCGUCAACGGCGAAGAUGAGAACUCCGAGAAGCAGCAAAUAUUACUCGAAUAUCUAGAAGCGGUAAAGCCUAGAGAAAGAGACGAUGAAGUCCCGGUUUAUCUACCUGACAUAAUGGAAACAUGGGGCAUGGCCGUCCAGAUGAACAAUGAGAAUGUUAUGUCUGCCGUCGCCGUCAUACUCGCGCUGCUCCUCAAGGUCUUAUCCGCAAACGUAGAUCACGUAUCAUACGGCCUGGGAAUAUGUCGAACCCUACUCCAAAAAAGACAACAGGAAUCUAUCGCUAAGAAUCUUUCGGCCGACAAUGGCAAAGAUUUUAUAAUAUCGCCCACAUUAAGGCUUCUUAGGGAAGUCGUGUGCUUAGAUGGUGGUACACUUGCUGCGCCAACAUUCAGAGCCAGAAACUAUACGUUCAAAUCGCUUGCAAGGAAUAUGGGACUUCGAUACUUAGGAGAAGGUGUGGAAGAUCCAAAACGGCCGUCUGUUAGAACAAAUGCGAUUCGAUUUCUACUAGGCAGUCUGAGGCUUCUCUACGUUGAAGCGAAGCGCGAUCUACUAUCGCAGAAGGACAUUGUCGCCGCUCUCAUGAGACAUAUCAGAAAGGACCCUCCUUCGCUGAUCUACGAGAUAUUAAAUACUCUAAGAUCAUCCGUCAUUCUGGACAAAAAGCUACCGAAGGAGAUCAAGAUUAGGAUCCUAAAUGCUUACUCGCUUAUCAGGAUAGCAGAACUUUAUGGACACCCCGAAGAUGUUACAGAGCAAGAGGGCGAAUCGGAAGGCGAGCGACCAUCAGUUGAAGAUUCAGCCCAUGCGUUUUUGCUUGCUGCUUGUACCGAUUCCGAUGCAGGUAUCCGUCGGUCAGAACAUGGUUAUUACCCCGAUGGCGUAGAUCCUAAUGCGGCACCGUCGAGUGCCAAUGACGAUCAGCCUGUGGACUUCGGUAUCGAUAGCAUCCCCUGGAUGAGCAAAUUUGAAAACGAUGUACCUGUGCGUAACAUGUUGUUGGCGGAAUUUAUCCAGACGCUGCGGCCGUGGUCCAGCACAAAACAGAACGAUCUGCUCGUGGCAAUUUUCGAAAAGUCGCCAGAAUUAAUCGCCCAUUAUUUUUGCCACCGGAAAUCAUUCUCGUUUGAUCCAAAGUUGACAGCGACUUGGAUUGGAUAUGCCGCAUUAUUAUACAAUGCUGUUCAACUUCCGAUCCCGUCCUUCUUUGGGCAUGCCAAGGGAUAUGCGAGAGUUCCGCCUCCUACGUCUGUGGUACUUGGAAACAUAAUCCCAUUGCCUAUGACGCUGAAAGCGAUCACACGAUGUUUCUCGAUUAAAUCCAAAUUGGCUUCUUUUUAUGCUAUUCGCCUUUUGACUUUGUCGAUACAAAAGCUAGGACGAGCUCUUGAGAUGUACCGAGAAGCAUCACCGUCAUCCGAUUCACUUUGGGAAGAAGCAGCUCGUCGACUUCUCGAUGAUUUUUACCAAAGGAUACCGGAUAUGAAAGAUAUCAUCAAAUGCUACCUAGCAAUGGAUCAGAAUGAUCUACUUCAACGGCAAGCAGCGAGUCGCUUGCUGUUGCUUUAUUACGAAGUCAUUCCUCAGUUCUCACUAAGGGCCAAAUUUGAUGUCUCGCCAAUACUUCUCUCUACAAUCAAGAAGGUUGAGACCUCCGAAGAAACGGGCGAAGACAUGGUUAUGUCUUUGUUGGAACUCGAGAAUUUGUGUGCAAUUGCAAAAUACUCCCCAAACAUGCGAUGGUUUGCUCGAACUUCUGACAUGUCCCAUUCUCCAUUUACGACUCUCUUAAGACUUUCUGUCGAGAAGACGACUGGACUGUCUAAUGAGAGUUUAGGUAAUGUCCUAUAUUGGGUUGCUAGCGAGCAUCAAUUGGUUGAAAACAGACCAAACUCUCAGGGGCUGUAUCCCUUAAUAGCAGCAUUAAGAAGUCUUGAAAAUAUCGAUCCAGCGAUUUGGACAUUCUUGGACAAUUGCGCCGAGCGAUGUGCUAGGACACCAGUCAAAUAUCUUGAAAUGAUUGAAGAGCAGCUUGAAAAGGCCAAGGUGGCUGAAGAUAAGAACGUUAUCACUUGUCCCCUCAUGAUGACAAUUGCGGAACAACUUCCGUACUUGAUUUCGUCGUCGCCUAGCAAAACCACACUGAAAGAACUGGUCCAGUUUCUUUCGGAAUAUCUGGGAUAUUCUCUUGCUUCUGGUGUUAACAAGCGUUUCUUGAAGGCCACCAAGGAACUUCUGGCUAGUGGUCUUGGCGAACAGAAAAAAUUAGGAGCGAAGCUACGCAUCCUAGAGAGAGAAAUAUCUACAUCCGAAACACAAAACAAUUCUCACCAAGAUACCACCACCGUUACUAAUGGGCUGGUUAACGGCGUCAUAAAUGGAACAGACAAUGAUUCAGACCACGAAAUUAGCCCACAUGGCUUAGAACAAAGGCUCUCGGUACCUAUUAUAGUGACCAAGGAUAGUUCAUUAUCGAGAUGGACAUCUAAAACACCUGAAGAACUUGUCGAGGAGGGAUAUGCGGCUUCACUAAUACGUUUGCUUCUAUCCGAGCAUUCGAGUAUCCGGAAAGAAGCUCUUACUAGCAUCGUUAAAGUGGCCGCGAAGGUCAAGGAAUCGACAUAUGAGAACAAUGAGCAAGUGUGGCUCUUGCUCAUGGAGCUUGCAGAAUCAGCCCGCAGUCUAAUCGAUAAUGGUCCCCUGUCGAGCAUGAUCGUCACUUUUGCUUGUAAAGCUCUCGAGGUCCUAAGCAACCCCCUACAUUGCCUCUACGAGAAAAUCAAUUUAUUUCUUACUAGCAGACCAGUGUGGUCUCUGGAUAGGAUACCUCUCAUGCAGAACAUUCUCCAGGAGGGUCCUACCGACGAUGGCGCAUUCUACUCGGAAAUCAGUUGGCUUCUAAGCUUCCUCCUCGACAGCUUACGGACGCCCGCGGACAUCGCCCUAUUUCACCAACGCAAAGUCUUCGAAAGGCUGUUUGCACUGACUUGCAACCCCUUCAUGGGCCCUAAUCUGAGGACCCAGAUCUUGCGGAUCGUGUAUAGAACGACGACCAUCGAAGGGGGGAGUGACACCCUGAUCACGAGGUUCGGGACUGUAAGCUGGGUAUUGGCUCAGAGAGAUACCACGACGGAUGCUGAUGAACGUGCGAUAUACCAGGCGUUGCUGGGAAGGUUAUGGAAUACUUGUGAUCAAAAACGGAUUUCGGAGUGGAGCAAGGGUGGCCUUGAGAGGCUUGUAGCAUAAUGAUACACAUGGUAUACCUACAUGUAUAUACUAGUUAGGUAGUUACUGGUAUAUACAAGGGAAUGAAA